CAAAGAGCUUUCCAUUCUCCAGCUGCUUCACAACCCAGAAAAAAAGAGUUCUCUACUGAACUUACCCUCCAGUUCAGCCUGCUCCAGGUCGCAGCAGCAGUUCCAGGAACAUGAAAGUGACAACCAUUUUGACAUGGAUAGAAGAAAAGAUUCUGGAAAAGCUGCUUGGGAAUGCAUCUUUGACUCUUCUCUAUCAGUCCAGUGUUCAUAAAAAUUGUGUUCGUGAGAUGACUCAGAAAUGUUCUCUUCAGGGAUCCACGAUGACAGUAUUUCACGCAGAGAAAGAUGUUGUUGUGGGUGUUUUUAUACUGGAGGAUUUUCCUAGUUUAGGCUCUGAAAAGCAAUGUACUUGUGCGUGGUUUUCAUUUAAAAAGAAUAAUAGCUCUGGAAUAUCAGCUUUGUGUUUGAACACAAAAGUAAUAGUUGAAUCCGAAGAGCUGAUAAUUUUCUCACUCGAUGGUGAUGGUUUGUCACUCGGUGUGAAUUCACUUGGAGGCUGCACACUUUCUCUAAAUAACACAGUAAUGAACGAAUUAGAACUCAAUCUUGGACGUGGCCUUAUAUCUGUGGAAUGCGAAAUCUUUCGAGUUGAUGGCAUUAAGAAAAAUCCAGGCUUCAUAAGGAAGAUGAUGACUGCCGAACAGCACCGAGGAAAAUUACUCUCUGCUCUCAGAGCCUACAAGCCUUAUGAGGGCCUGGUUUCAGAAGUUCGUAUUCUCUUGGUGGGCCCAGUAGGCUCAGGAAAGUCCAGCUUUUUCAACUCAGUGAAGUCUGUUUUCCAAGGCCACCUAACUCGCCAGGCCAUCGUGGGGUCUGACGAAAGAAGCAUCACUAAGCAGUAUAGGGUUUAUUCUAUUAAAGAUGGAAAAAGUGGGGAAACACUCCCAUUUAUGCUGUGUGAUUCAAUGGGGCUGGAGGAGGGAGAGGAAGCUGGGCUGUGCGUAGAUGAUAUUCCUCACAUCUUAAAAGGCUGUGUACCAGACAGGUAUCAGUUCAACCCAUGUGAGCCGAUUAAGCCGAAUCGCUUCCCUCAGGAUGCCUCUCCACCUCUGAAGGACAGGAUUCACUGCGUGGCUUUUGUCCUAGACAUCAACUCGGUUAAUACACUAUCUGAUAAAAUGGUGGCAAAGCUGAAAAAAAUUCGCAAAGAUGUAGUAGACUCUGGUAUAGGAUAUGUAGCCUUGCUUACAAAUGUGGAGGAGUAUGAUGAAGUUCUUGAUGACAAUUUUGCAAACAUGACAGAAACUGUGACUUCUCUAAGACAGGUACAGGAUGUCCAAACCAUGCUAAAUAUUCCUAUAGCCAAUAUCUUGAUGGUCAGCAAUUAUGCUUCAGAGCGAAGGUUGGAGCCUGUGAAGGAUAUUCUGAUCUUUGCUGCACUCAGGCAGAUGUUGAGGGCUGCGGAUGAUGCCUUAGAGGACUUGCCUCUUGAGGAUACUGGUAACCUGGUUCCUUUAGUUCACUGGGGUGUUUGGGAAUCAUUUUCCUAGCCCUGACAUAUAUUGUAAUAUGUGCUAGUUUCUGCUUUUUGCUUGCCUUGUUUUGGAGCAAUCUGAGGAUUGGCACAUGCUCCGGAGACAUUAGUGCCCCUGGUUUUUUUUUGUUUUGUUUUGUUUUGUUUUGUUUUGUUUUUCGAGUCAGGGUUUC